AUGUCAAGAAAAGAAGCCAUAGAAGUAUUGGAUAAAAUGUUGAAAAACAUUAAUGAUUCAGAACUAUCUUUUGGUGGAAAGGUUGUUGUGUUUGGUGGAGAUUUUUGUCAAAUCCUACCUGUAGUUCAAAAAAGCACAAGACAACAACAAAUUGACACUAGCUUGGUUUCUUCUUACCUAUGGCCAACAUUGACAAAGUUUCAUUUGACUGAAAAUAUGCGUGCAAGAUUAGAUCCAGACUUUUCAAAAUAUAUAUUAGAAUUAGGCAAUGGGAUGCCACCAAUCACAAUUGAUGAACUUGUCAAUAUUCCUGUAGCCAUGUUAAUCCCAUAUGAAAACGAUGCCACUUCUUUGAAUCAUUUGGUGGAUGCUGUUUUUCAUGAUAUUUGUGAUUAUUCAGUAAACAUUUCAACCAUAAUGAAUCGAGCUAUAUUGACACCAAAGAAUGCUUAUGUUGAUGAAAUAAACACUUUGUUAAUUCAGAAAUUUCUCGGGGAGCUAAAACGAUAUUACAGCUUUGAUGAAUCAAUUGAUGCAUCUAAACAACUAGUUAUGGAAGAUUUCUUGAAUACACUAACACCAAAUGGACUUCCUCCUCAUGAGUUAUUACUGAAACAAAAUUGUCCAAUCAUGUUGCUCAGAAACAUUAACCCUUCAGAAGGAUUAUGCAAUGGAACACGACUUAUAUGCCGCAAUUUUGAUCAUAACAUGAUUCAUGCAGAAAUUGCUGUUGGUCAUCACAGUGGUAGAAAAGUUUUUAUUCCAAGAAUCCCAUUCUUGCCAAAUCCUGAUGAAAAUAGUGGUUUCCCAUUCAAGCGAACUCAAUUCCCUGUUAAAUUAAGCUUUGCAAUGAGUAUAGAUAAAUCACAAGGACAAACAUUGGAUUUUGUUGGGAUAUAUUUGCCUCAUCCAGUUUUCUCACAUGGGCAAUUAUAUGUGGCUUUAUCAAGAGCUAAGACUAUUUCUGCAAUCAAGAUUUUAAUAAGGCCAAUCUCAGCUGAAGAAUCAGAAAACAAUCGCACAAAAAAUAUUGUUUAUACGGAAUUGUUAACAUUGGCAGCUUCUAAUUGA